UGUAAACAGUACCAACGAAGGUCAUAUCUACCCACCCAAAAGCUCCAGUCACAGGGAACAGCCACGAACGCCCCAGCCAGGAAAAGGUGCACUUGCUUUUCUCUAGCGUCCACAGGCCACGUGCGGGAGGAGGGGCCGCCUUCUGAUUGGUGGCCGGAGUCUCGCCUAGGGGGCGGAGCCACCUGUCUGUCCAUCACCACAUACUGGGCGGGGCCUGGGCGGGCAGGCCUGGUUGUAGGGCAGAGUCAGGACAGCGGGACCCAAUCUCUGCGCUUUGCCUCUACUCGGCCACCGCUCCUCCAGUGCCGACCGCGAGGCGACGGUUGCCGGGGCACGCGCCGCCCGUUCCUCUUUCCCGUUGCGAGCGGCUGGCGCGCAGGGAGGCGGCCCCCAAUCCGGCCGGGCGCCUCCCACUUUCCGAGCCGCCGGGGAGCCGGAGGAUGGCGGCGGUGGCAGCGGCCGCCCGGGAGGAGGCGGUGCGGAGGCCGCGGAGCGCGGUAGCAAGCGGUAGCGGCCCGUCGCGGCGGCCCGGCAGCGACCGCGUCCGUACGGCUACCUGAGCACCAGCCGCGAGCUGUGUCCUGCCUCGCUCGCUCGUUCGCUCGCUCGCGGCCCGGGGCGGCGCGGACAUGGGCGCCAAGCAGAGCGGCCCCGCCGCCAACGGCCGCACCCGCGCCUACUCGGGCUCGGACCUGCCCUCCGGGACCAGCGGCGGCGGCGGGGCGGACGGCGCUCGGGCGGCUCGGUUCGCGGCCCCUGUCCCCGGCGCGCAGCAGCCCAGCGCCUCGGCCAGCACGGCGGCGGCUGCUGCUGCUGCGGCGGCGGCAGCGGCAGCAGCGGCGGCAGCAGCGGCCUCGCCCGGCAGCGCCCGCAGCCGCUCGCUCGGUGGGGCGGUGGGCAGCGCGGCGAGCGGCCGCGCGGCACAGUCGGCCUUCAGCAUUCCCAGCAGUGGCGGCGGCAGCGGUGGCCCGUACGGCUCACAGGACUCGGUGCACAGCAGCCCAGAGGACGGUGUCGGCGCUAGGGACCGGGACCGGCCAGCGGGCGGGGGCCCUGGCGGGCCGCGUCUGGUGAUCGGCUCGCUCCCGGCCCACCUCUCCCCGCACUUGUUUGGAGGAUUUAAGUGCCCGGUAUGCUCAAAAUUUGUACCCUCAGAUGAAAUGGAUUUGCAUCUUGUGAUGUGUUUAACAAAGCCAAGAAUAACGUAUAAUGAGGAUGUGCUGAGUAAAGAUGCGGGGGAAUGUGCAAUAUGCCUUGAAGAAUUGCAGCAGGGAGACACCAUAGCACGACUGCCUUGCCUGUGUAUAUAUCAUAAAGGCUGCAUAGAUGAAUGGUUUGAAGUAAAUAGAUCUUGUCCAGAGCACCCUUCGGAUUAAGCACACCAGAUUCCUGUGUUAUGGGUUUUCUUGACUUUUCAAGAUGCUUGAGAAAUCUAGAAGAUUUGAAGAUCUGUCUCUGGAAGAAAAUGAGAACUGCAGGCUUAUUCAGCCAGAAUCUGAGUUCUGGGACACUUGGGUAGUCCAGAGAAGGACAGGAAUUACAGAACUCAGCGUACCAAACUUGCAUAAAAGGGACACACAGGGAUUUUGAAAAUGCUGCACAUCCUGUACUAGUCACUGCAUAGAUGACACUGAUAAACAUUUUGUAUUCAGACGCCAAAGUUAACUCAUUUCAAAGUUGAUUUACUUUUUAUUAAGUUCUGUAGAGCUGCUGUUUUAGUGUAUUUGGUUUUGGUUUGUUUGUUUUGUUUUUUUUUUUGUUUUUUUUUUCUUAUUAUUUCUUUUUUUUUUUUUUUUAAGUUUGGGGGACUUUUAUUUUCCCUAACAUAAUGUUUCUGCAUUCACCUAUUCUUAUCUUGAAAACCACACAGUUUCUUUCUUACAAACUCUUCAAUGUGAAACCAAGAAAUGUAAUCAAAGCAGUAUAAUAUUCUGUGAAUGGAGAGUAUAAUUGAAGUUCUUCCACACACACCCCUCUCCCCCGCACCCCUGCCCCCUCCCUGUCCCCCAUGUGUGGAAAAGUAGGUUUCUGGGUUGGAGAGCUAAAAUAUGUUAGUAGUUUGAAUUAAAGGUUUAAUAUUAUAAAAAUGCCAUCCAAAGAGUAAAUCAAGUUACAUAAUUACAUUUAGUUAAUUAAAUGUAGAACUGUCUACUGAACUGCAGUUUCUGAAAUACAUUGUUUCUUCUAAAAGGAAACUGCAGUAGCUUGUUAGCAGUGACCAUCUUGCAGCUAUGCAACUUUGAGAAGUCCAUAUUUGAUGGUCCCUCCUCGGGGGCCCAGCGACUCUGUCCUACCAGGUGUCCUUGUUCUUUCCUGUAAUUACUUCAUUGUGCUUUGCAUCUCCGGGCAGGCUCCCUAUGUUUGGGUAAAAUGUUUAGCAAGUUGUAAACGUCAUACCUUAUGAAAAGGGUGAAAUAAACACUUCUGCAGUGGGACUUGGAGUAAUUUGAGGGACAUUUUAUAUACUUUUAAAAAUCAGAAUUUAAUUGGGAUGCCAGAUUUCUAGCAACUUGCAUCUUUAGUUUUCCAGAUAAUCUGGAAGUUAGCAUUUGAUAAAUGAUUUUUUAAGCAAAUAUAAAGAUUUUGUUAAUUUAUAAUUUAUUAAUGUGUUGUUACUGUAAUUGAACAUGUUAUGGAUACUUUUAAAUUCAGUCUUUGUAGAAAGAACUGUAUUAAGCAAAAUUAUGUGAAUAAAUAUUCCCCCAAAAUACAUCUGAUGGUUAAGAAUACUGGAAGAGAGCUAUCAGGGCUGCAACAGUGACUGUCUUUUUAAAUAAUUAUCAAAAUAUCAAGCAGUAGAUCCAUGUUUAGUCUCUAGGGAGAGCAUUGCUUCCCUGAUCUAGUCAAGGCUGAGCAGGCCUGCUCUCCUGCUGAGCUGCCCUGGCUGUGGAAGGGUGAGAGUCUCCAGUGCUGCUUUUGUGCUCGGACUUGUCCCUGUUGCUUCUGCCACUUCCUGUGCCCAAGGGCAAGCUGCUGCCGUGGUGGGCUUGGGGUGGGGUUGUCCUGCUAGUGGAAGCUCUUGCCUGCUUUCCUCUGGCUGUAGUCUAGAUAGCCCUCUGCAGUCCACUGUUAGGGUCAGUGGUCUGAUCCUGUGGGACAGCUGCCAGCACAGCGCUGUAGGUGUUCUUUAGGAAGGUUACUCUUCCUUCAAGGGAAAUCGUCUUUCCUUAAAGGUUUGUUUUGCUUUUUUUUUUUUUUUCUGUUAAUAUGAACUCUGAAUCCAUUUUACUUCAUCUUUGAGUUUGUGAGCUUUCCUCUCCCCUGGUUUCCCCCAGGGAAGAGCUCUUCAAAUGUGAAAAACCACUCUGCCCUCUACUACCCGUGUGUUGUCUGGAGAAGAGCGACUUCUGCAGUCUGCUCUUCCUUGAGUGCAGCUGUGCAAUUAAUGUUUAGACUCCCUGCAAGAUGCCCUGCCCCGUGCUAAGCUCACCUUCUUGGAGUCAGCCUCAGUUCACCCUUCCUUCACACUGUCCUCCAGCGUCUUCGUGGCUCCCAUGCUCUGGCUGCCUCCUCGCUCCUGUGUGUGAGAGAGCUCAGUGCUGUCCCGGCAAGGACAUGGACACUGGCUGUGCUGAGGUCUGUGCAGUGGUUGCUGAAAUCCACUCAGACAGCCUACUUUGGUUUUGGUUUUGUUUGGUCAUAUUUUAUAAAAUUGACAUUUUUACUUUUAAAUUUUGUCUGCAGUGAUUUCCUAAAAAGAAUAAUUUAGAAAUUGAAGAGAAAAAGAGAAGCUCAGAUGUUCCAGUUUCUGUUCACAGUUACUAUUCUGGGAAUGUUCUCUAAGUGAUAAUUUAUAUAAUAUUGCUUAUACUAUUUAUCAGUCUGUAUGCAGACACUGAGUAGCAUCCAUCAUAAAGUUACAGAUUAUUUAGCUGAAACUACUGAAUAUAGAGACAAAGUAAAAUUGAAAGCCUCAGUUAUGAGUUACCCGGCGGGUCAGAGCCUUCCAUAAUCUUUGUAAAUACCCUUCAGUCAGGUCCACUCUGUCCAUAGUGAGUUUACUGCCAAUGUUAAUCCUAUUUUGAUCGUUGUUUUAUUCCCGCUUUGCCAGGAUAUUUAAGACAAAGCACUGUUUUCUUUGUAAAAUGAUUUUCUUUCUUUGGCUCCUCUCUAGAGAAAUAUUUCAACCAUAGUUACAAAUCAGACUGUAAGAUUGUUUUAAGAAGAAAUGUUUAUGAUUAAGAUAUGAGCAGUGGUCUCUACUUGGCUUGUGUACAUGACAGUAGAAGUGACACUGCAAAAGUCCUGGUGACAGUUGGAGUUUAUAGGUUUGGGCUUUCCAGUGCAAGUCUCUGCACUCGUAAAUUUUACAUGGUUGUUCUAGUUUUCACUUAGAUACUGGACUGCAGUCCAGAAUAACCAAGGACCAUCUUUAGCGUAUUUUCAGUGUUCACAGCAAAGAUAUUUCCACCUGACUGAGUUGCCAGAAAUGGCAGAAUCUUUUCCAGAGUGUAUUUCAUACUAUGUUUCUAAGUAUGGGUAUGGUGAGGUUUCAGAGCACUCAUUUCCUACUGGACAUGGUGACUCAUGCCAACACUCAGGAACCUGAGGCAGGGGGAUUGCCACAAGGUCCAGGCUGGCCUGGGCAACAUAGUGAGUUCUAGGCUAGACUGUCUCAAAAAAAAAAAAAAAAAAAAAGGAAAAAAGUAAUCAUUUUAAUAUGUUACAGCAAGACAUAGUCCUUUUGGUAAGGGUUGUGGGUUUAGUGUAAAUAGUGCCAUCUUUUUCUGUAGUGACUUAGGAGAAGUAGGGGGGUUCUCCAGCAGGAGACUAAGGUGAGCCGUGUGAAACUCUACAAUUCAGAAUGGGUGGGUCUGCCAUCUGACUGGCAGCUGCACUGUACUGACCGCAUGCUCCACAUAGCUUUCUCAUCCCAGAGAAGGUUCCACCUAAGCCAGACCAAAGUGUUUGGUUUACAGCAUACAGAGUGGCCCUGAGGCAAAGGCACCAUGUGCUGCUUGCACGUCUCUUGUGUGCUUAGCAAUUUUUCUGUGGUUUUGGUCUACCCUGGGGUAAACUCCACACUCACUGACAGUGAGAGAUGAGACACGGAGGGUCCCUUGUUAUUCAGCAUACAGAGAUUUUAACUUGACUUUAAAAUUGUAGCAUGUCAGUCCUUUGGAGCCCAUUCUCCUAUCGUUCCUAGAGUGUUUAACUUCUGAUAUUUUCUUAGCUAUGUGAUAUAACUAGUUACCUUACCUCUUUUACCCUACUCUUUCUCCAUCCCACAACUUGUACUGAGUAUGAAUGGCUGUUGCUUGGAGUACUCCUGAAAUCAUUGAUAAAAUUGUUGGUGAUAAAUGUACCCAACCAGUACUUUAUACUAUAUUCUGUAAAUGCACUUAAGCUAGGAAAUAGACUUUAAAAAAAAAUAUCAGAGUUCUGUUUUAAAUGGGAAUAUCUGAUUUCCUAAGUCUGUUGACUUUCUGUGAGAAAUAAGACCUUGGACACCAGAAAUGUUAAUGCUUACUUUCAGUUUAACAUACACCAUCACUGUCCUCACAAGGUUGUUUUCAGAUAUUCAAACUAUUCUUAAUUUCUGAGCAGUGCGCGCGUGCGUGCGUGCGUGUGUAUGUGUGUGUGUGCGUACGUGUGUGCGCGUGUGCAUGUGUAGAGAAGCAGAGAGCAGUGUGGCAUGAACUAACAUCUCUAUAUACAAAAAUGACAAAUGUGAUACUGGAGCACUUACUAAUGUGCAUUUCUUAGCUCUGACCCUGGGCCCUGAGAAUCUCAAGAUUGGAUAUUAGAAGUAACAGUUCUCUUCUCAAUCACUGUCUGCCCAUGCCUGCCUUUUCUGGUUUAGUAUGUUGGAGUUGGCAUAUGCCUGUCAUCUAUGUGGGAAACUUAACUGCUUGCACAUUGUUAGCAGUAACUGUGGUGACAGAACUGUUUCCUUUUAUUAGUCAAGCUCGUGCACGUCUGAUAUCCUGCACCUGAGAUGUUGAGGCAGAAGCAGGGGAUCAUGGGUUUGAAACCAGCUUGAGCUGCACAGUGAUUUUGAGACAAGCCUGAACUACAACGUGAGAGCUUGUCUCAUGGUUGUAGUCACGUUAGAGUGUUGGAUGUGUGCUGUCUGGUUAGGAGACUCUGGUCUAAGAAACAACAGGAACCUUGGACUCGAUGGCACUAAGUAACAAGUCAUUGUGUUGCUUUGCAGGUGACUUGUUAUAUCAGUUUCUUUGCUUGAAAAAUCACAAUAUUUACCUCUUGAUUUAUUCAUGUUUUCUACAACUCUUCUAUAAUACCUCUUAAUUUCCUCUAUUAGAAAGUAUUUUGUUCUUGUUAAACAAGGCCCUAAAAGCAUUGAUCAUAAGAAAUGAGAAAAUGUAUUAGGAACAGCUUGUAUUAGUGUGUUCUGAACAGAAACGGAACAAUUCCAUCAUUGAUAUUUUAAUAAAUAAAAUUUCCAAAUGAUCUCAUUAAGCUCUCAUGUUCUUUAGAAGUAGAUAAUAAGAAUGUUCUUAAGAGAAGCUGUCCUUCUAGCUUUUAUCUUUUAGUUAACUGUGUAACAAUAAAACAAAUAUUGAAUGCUGAAAAGUUGCCACACUUUAAUUGAGGCUAUCACCUCUUUACUUUUUUUAUACCCAUAAUGAUAAAGCUAGUUCCAAAAUUGUGACAAUUUCUUACUAGUUUAUGGUAUUGGAGAAAAAGGGUUUCGUAGUUCCUUGACUGUAAGUAAAGAUAAACUUUGAAAUACCUCAUGUAAACCUGUUAGUGUUGUCAUUGAAAUGUGUCCGGGGCAAUAAGUACUGGACCGUACAGGUGUGGGUCACCCUUCUUAGACUGUCUGCUCUGUAACUUGCCUUUAUUUUUGGAAGCAGUUUUCAAGAUGUAAACACGACUGGGUUCUGUAGAAAAGUGAUAAGAAACUGAGCUCUUGCAUCUCUGGCUGUAGAUUUUAUUCUCCGUGCCUUGUAUGAGGUAAGAUGAUGUGUAUAUAGGCAAAGCCAGAUAUGUGGUCACAGAAAUGUUAUAUAUUAGACAAAAACAUUUGCCCGUUUACAUGCUUUUUAUCAAUGUUUACCAUAAAAGCAUGAUGAUGAUAACAUCUGAGAACUGAUGUGCUAACAGAAGCCAUAGAGUGACAGCAUCUGGCCUCUGUUCCCAUCCUCACCAUUUAGUGAAAGUGCUGUUCAAGCAACUUUACAUUGAGCAGUAUUUGAUUUCGUGCUGUCUUGGAACCAGAAACACGGUAAUGAAAGACAGCAGGCUUCUAGGAUAAAACUACUAAGUAACCAGUGUACACUAGAGAAUGAGAUGCUCUAGCAGGUAUCUUCUACAUGGCGUAGACUCAGGAAGGAUGAGACUUCAUGGCAGUAGAGAAAGUGGGUAAAGGGAUGUGUGCAGUAGACAAAGUGAGAAAGUUGGCCUUCACUGUCUAGAGACAAGCAAACAGCAGAUCAUGCUGUGUGUGUAUAUCUGUGAUAAGAGGACUUUAAAGGACAAUCUUGUUUUCAUUUCUGAUUGGGGAAGGUGAGACCAGACAGAAAGGCCUGUUAAGUAAUCUAUAGUAGUAAAGAGAAAUCUAACGUAAAGAAAUCUCAAAUAAAAAGGUGAGGGCAGGAGUAGAGAGGGAUCAGGACAACUCAUUAUACUUUUUAUGUAUUUUGAAAGGUUGACUCUACCUGGGAAAAUCUGAUUAUGCCAGGAGUAUUCCUACGGAACUUUGAAGAUGAGUUGACUUGGGGAGUUGGGGCAGGUCAGAAUAGAGUGUAGAGGACAAAACCAGACAGGAAUCAGAGGCAGUUGCUUCAGGGUCACAGUGCCUCAGGGUACAGUACAGACACUGUCAGCACUAACUGGGUAGUGGGAGAGAGUUACUCUAGCCUGGCUAAGUUGGCCCUCUCUCUCUCGAGGGCCCAUUGCCUUAGUUCCUGCUGCUUUGACCCUUACUUAAUAAGUGCCAACAUGCAUCCUAAAACACUCUUGAAGGUUUUGUCUUGUGUUCACUUCCCGUACCCUUUCUGUUGUGCCUGACUUCAAAUUUUGACAACAAAACUAAAGGUACUACUUGACUUGGGCUCUUGAUCACAUAUAUGAGCAUCUGUGGUCCUGAUGAUGAUUGCUGUUAAGCAUAGGUUGGGUCUGCUCUGUAGAAGGACCAGAAGGCUACAGGUUGCUGCUCCAUGAUCUUUGCUGUUGAGCAAAGGACAGAAAGGAAGGACUGGUAAAAGCUUUUUCUGAGGAGAGCAACCUCAGGGUAGCUGCAUGGGUCAAGAAGGUCCACAGUCUUCUAUCAGUGCAUCCAUGGCAAUCCCACAGCAAGUUUUCUUCAGAGGACAGGAAGCAUCACAUCACAGGCCCAUGGAAACAGUAGAAACUUAACCCUGAAAUUAUCCCUAGAUCUCAGGGUGCCCUAAGUUUAUAUAUUCCACACAAAAUGCUUUAAAACUUUUUUUUUGAUACUUAAUGCUAAUAUAAAACUUAAAAUUCUGUCAAAUAGUGCUUUACUUCUCUGGUAAUAUUUUCUGUGAGCUCUUGAUUUCACUAUUUUCUGGGAUUCAAAUAGAAUUCAGACAAAAAUACCUUUCCAAAAUGUAAAUUUGAGUUUUUAGUAUUUCUAAUUUACUUGGUCCUUUAGGAACUGAGUGACCAGGACAUUAACUGAACACUGGCUGCGGAGUGUUGGCCAUGAAGUAUAAAACUACUUCAGGAAAGUGCCGAAGACCAUCCAUGUCAGGAGCCGUUGGUAGCUCCUUUGCCUGGCGUGUACCGUGUUAGGCCAGGUGUAGUGGUAGACACCUUCAGUGUCAACAUUGUAGGGGCAGAUCUCUCGAGUUUGAGAUGAGCCUAGUCCACAUAGCCAAUUCCAGCCCCCAUCCCACUCCACCCCCACCCCCUGGAAAAAAAGUCUUAGUGCUAAGGCUAAUACCAACUACAUCCUCUACAUCAAAGGUGGCAAGUAGCAUAUAAUCCAUCUAUUGUUAGAAGACAAAAGCUACAGAGCUCCCUAGACUGUUCAGAUCCAUCUUGCCGUAAUUAAUUUGAUGGUCCCCCACUGAUAGAUUACUAACUUGUUUCCCUCUUUGGAAUUUGGGACUGGGCCUGUUUUCAGUGGUCAGCAGUUAAGUCACUUGGUCAUUGUCCUUGAAAGCACAGGUUUAGGCAGCUCUACCUCAGGAAUCUUGAAUAUAUCUCUUCGUGCCUAGAUACUUCUCAAGUCUUCUGAAGACUGACCACAUUUGAGUUGAUUUGGUUCAACAUCUGCCCGUGAGCAGCUCCCGUCCUGUCUUGGAACUAGAUGGAAAUAGUGUCAGCUUUUCCAGCAAACAGAACCGGAGAAACCAUAAGAAAAUUCUGGUUCUCAGGUGCAUGCAGACAACUCUGGCCUUCGCUGUGGCUGCAGCUUUUGGAGGUCAUGGGCAGGCAGGCUUUGGUUAGCUGUUCUGCACACAGGAGCUAAAGGGCUUAUGAAGUCUGAUCAACCAGAGUUGUUCAUGAGCCUGUUGUAGACAUAUUACCUGUCUCAGGUUCUGCCUGCAUUUUCCUGAUCGGCUGAUGGUAGUUGACUUUCAACUCUGUCCGUGCUUUACGGCUUAUCCACAAAAUACUCAUUUGCAUAGUGAUAGACUCAACGGUCACGGGGCAGGGCAGUCUAGAGGUGGUGAGGGCUAAGCAUUGUUGAAGCCGCUACCCAGCUUGCCUGGGGGCAGUCCUGUGUGCUCCAGUGUGAUGCAGAAUGGAGUUGUGUCAAGUUGAACUGUGCCCUGGGAAGAGGAUUAGGCUGUUGUGCCUUUUGAUUCCUAUGAGUCAUUUCUCGAAACUUGGAAAAGUGUUAGACCAACUCAGGAGGCACAGAGGCAGCUUUUUAAAACCUGUUAAGACCUCAGCUACCCCCAUGGACUCCUGACUAAUCACGGGUGUCCGUACUCAGGAAUGGGCCCAAGAGACCUCAGCCUGUGCAGCCAGGAUCUUCACAUCUCUCCUGCUCUUCUUCCUUUUGGUCAUACCUCUCAUGCCACGUGAUGAGAAAACUGCUCUUGGAGAUGUUGUAAAUUCUUACCCUCUUUGGUUAACUGACUAGCCAAGGCCCUGACUUUGAUUUUGCACAGCCAAGCUUAGAUUCCUCAGAGCCUGUUUUGCCUCCAGAGCAUGACACUCAGACAAACCAAGUCAUUUUGCUUUCAGGCUUUUGUUGUCUUCACGUUUAAUAAACUCAGCUUUAAUUUCCUCAGGACUGAAACGGAUAUCCAAUGACUCCAGAGUAUCAGCUGCCAAAAGCAACCAGAACACAAGCAGUUAUCAGGAAUGAGGACCAGGGUAGUAAAAUUAGUAUCCGUAGCUGGCCUACUAGCACGACAUCCAUAAUCCCAGCACUUAGGAAUAGAACAGGGGGAUCAGUAGUUUUAAGGUCAUCCCUUUUACAUAGCCAGAGGCCAGCUUGGGCUACACCAGACCAUGACCCCCAGAAAAUAUUCCUGCGAGAUGGAGUAGCUGCCCCAGUAUGCCUUAGUCCUAGAUGAGCCUUCAGUUCUCAUCCGGAAGAGGAGUGUGUAAGGCUGUGUUGAUAAGGGAGUUGAUAUUCACCUUAACAAAAAGAUUGGGAAUAACAUAACAGGCAUAAGAAAAAUGGAGCAAGGUCACACAUGCCUAUUAUUCUAAUACUUGGAAAUCUAAGGAUGGUUGCUGUGAGUUCGAGACUAACCUCUGUUCUGUAGUAAAUGCCUGGCCAGCUAAAGACAUGACAAGACUGUCUCAGCAACAAAGCUUUGAAACACUGUCCUCAGGUUCUAAAGGGGGUGAGGAAUGGUUGUUGCAGGGGACAGUGUGAGCCAUGCGGGUGCAGGUGCAUGUGCAGGUGCAGAGGAGCGAGGCAGGCUGAGUGGCCCUGUUUCCUCUUCAAGCACAGUGAUGUGUCCUAAUGAAGCUACCCAUGGGAAACCACACCUAAGGAAUUGGACGGAAGUGGCACAUGUUGGCUCAUCUCCACAACUAAAAUAGAGAACAUUUCCAUCAUCCAAGUCGCCUCAGGUCCCUUGAGUAGGGACCAUCCAUCAAUCGUCACUAAGCCACUGCUGUCUGCUGUGUAUUAGACGAAAUCAGUCAGUAUGGUUUUUAUUUGGGUGUGAUUUCACUCAGCAUGCUGUGAAAAGCAUCUGUGUUGUUACUUGAGUCAGUUUUCUUCAGAGAGUAGUAUUCUGUUACAUGAAUAUAUCCUAUUGGUGUGGGCAUCAGCUGUUUUUAGUUUGGGAUAUUAUGAAUAAGAUGCUUAUGAACAUUUAUAUACAAUGUUGUGCGAACAUAUAACUUCACUUCUCUUCAAUAAAUACUGGUGGUUAAAAAUU